AUGUACGCAGGACAUGAGCUGUGUUUUAAAAAGGGGCCAAAAGUCUGUUCUUGUCGUGGUGUGAGCAUGAAGUACAUUUUGGUCACUGGAGGAGUCAUAUCUGGCAUUGGGAAAGGCAUCAUCGCCAGCAGUGUGGGGACCCUUCUCAAAUCAUGUGGGCUUCAUGUCACAGCCAUCAAGAUCGACCCCUACAUCAACAUAGACGCUGGAACAUUCUCGCCGUACGAACAUGGUGAAGUUUUUGUCCUCGAUGAUGGUGGAGAAGUAGAUUUGGACUUGGGGAACUAUGAGCGUUUCUUGGAUAUUCGACUCACCAGAGACAACAACCUCACAACAGGGAAAAUCUACCAGUCUGUGAUCACUAAAGAGAGGCGGGGCGACUAUCUGGGAAAGACUGUACAAGUGGUGCCUCACAUUACAGACGCCAUCCAAGAGUGGGUGAUGAAACAGGCCAAAGUGUCGGUGGACAGUGACGGUGUGGAGCCUCAAGUUUGUGUUGUCGAGCUGGGGGGGACGGUCGGGGACAUCGAGAGUAUGCCUUUUAUCGAAGCGUUCAGACAGUUUCAGUUCAAGGUGAAGAGGGAGAACUUCUGCAACAUUCACGUCAGCCUGGUGCCACAGCCUAACACCACAGGAGAGCAGAAAACCAAACCAACCCAAAACAGUGUGCGGGAGCUUCGAGGCCUGGGUUUGUCUCCUGAUUUGAUUAUGUGUAGAUGCACCACACCCCUGGAAACUGCUGUAAAAGAAAAGAUUUCUAUGUUUUGUCACGUGGAGCCUACACAGGUCAUAUGUGUUCAGGACGUGACAUCGGUGUAUCGUGUGCCUCUGCUGCUGGAGAAACAGGGCGUAGUGAGUUAUUUCUGUGAGCGGCUCAACCUGCCUGUCGAAAUGAAGCCCCUAAGAAUUCUCUCGAAAUGGAAGGAGAUGUCAGACAGGUCCGACCGCCUACUGGAGUGUGUUUCCAUAGCACUGGUGGGAAAAUACACCAAGUUGUCUGACUCCUACACCUCGGUCAUUAAAGCCCUAGAACAUUCUGCACUGGCCAUUAACCACAAACUGCAGGUCAAGUACAUAGACUCUGCAGACCUAGAGCUGUCGACUCAGACGGACGACCCAGUGAAGUAUCAUGAAGCCUGGCAGCACCUCUGUAGCGCUCAGGGAGUGUUGGUACCUGGAGGCUUUGGCGUGAGAGGCACAGAAGGCAAGAUGUUGGCCAUCAACUGGGCAAGGAAGCAGAACAAGCCGUUUUUAGGGGUCUGUCUGGGCAUGCAGCUGGCCGUGUGCGAGUUCGCCCGCAACGUUCUGGGCUGGGAAGAUGCCAACUCCACAGAAUUUAAUCCCGAAACCAAACACCCAGUGGUGAUUGACAUGCCCGAGCACAACUCCGGGCAGAUGGGAGGGACCAUGAGGUUAGGGAAGAGGCGCACCAUUUUUACCUCCGCUAACGGUGUUAUGAGAAAACUAUACGGGAACGUGGAGCAUGUGGAUGAAAGACACAGGCACAGAUUCGAGGUGAACCGUGAGCUGAAGCACCACUUUGAGAACAAGGGCUUCCAGUUUGUCGGCCAGGAUGUGAACGGGGAGAGGAUGGAGGUUAUCGAGUUGGACGACCAUUGUUACUUUGUGGGAGUGCAGUACCACCCAGAGUUCACGUCCAGGCCCAUAAACCCCUCUCCGCCGUACUUUGGUCUCCUGUUAGCCGCAGCGGGGAAACUACAAAGCUACAUGGCCAAGGGCUGUCAACUCUCUCCAAGGGACACCUACAGCGACCACAGCGGCAGCAGCUCUCCGGACGAAGAACUGUCUGAAGUCAAGUUUCCCCCUCUGUCGUGA